AUGUCGAACUAUGCCACUUCUUCCAAGAAGGUCGAUAUGGCAAAGCCCAAUAACGCCGAUAUCCUUUCUCCGGCCGCCUCCCCGGACAACUCCGUCAAGAACGAGAAGAAAAAACGGUCUAUUAUUCCAAAGAUCUUCAGUUCAAAGAAAAGCGAAAGGGUAAAUUCAGAGGAAGAAAUGUUUAAGUUAGAUUAUGGGGAUGGCGCCAUUGAUAUUGGAAAAGGAAUUGCUUCAAGAAGAAAAGCUUUUAUGGAGUCAACCCCCAUAAUAAAAAAAAGCUUCUCAGAAAGACAGACAAGUUCAGAUAUCCAAAGCUUAAACCUCUCCAACUUUGAACCAUCCAUGACUCUACCAAAUGAGACCAAGAAUUUCCGGAUUUUCGUAGCGACAUGGAAUGUGGGAGGGAAAACUCCCAACAAUGGCAUCAACCUUGAAGAUUUCUUGCUAGUGGAAGACUCAGCAGACAUUUAUGUAAUUGGGUUUCAAGAAAUUGUGCCACUAAAUGCUGGGAAUGUGCUUGUUAUAGAAGACAACGAACCUGCAGCAAAGUGGCUAGCAUUGAUAAACCAAGCUAUAAACAGAACAUUUAAGAACAAUCACGACUCCAUUUUUGGCGGUGGUUCUGAUCAUGGGUCAACAAAAGGAUCAUCAAAGGAUUCAAAGACUCUUCCUUUUUUUCAAAAGCCCUCUCUAAAAGUACUCAGCAGAAACCUGAGGCCGCUUGAUUGCAGUCUACUGAAGGCGUGUAAUUGCCCAAUUGAAUUGGGAUCGAGAGAGAGAAGGCUAAGGAAGCUAAAUGAAGGGGCAACAUCAGAUUUAGAGAGUAUGAUCAUCUCACCAAAUGAGCAAUAUGGGAGGUUGAUGAUGGAGGAAUUCGUUUCAAUUUCAGAGCUUGCUUCUUCAAAAGCAGGGGAUGGGGAUAUGAUGAAAUACAAGCUUAUUUCAAGUAAACAAAUGGUGGGUUUGUUUCUUUCGGUUUGGGCUAGACAGGAAUUGGUUCCUCAUAUUGGUCAUCUUAGAGUUUCCACGGUUGGAAGAGGAAUAAUGGGUCGACUCGGAAACAAGGGAUGCAUAUCAAUUAGCAUGUCAGUGCAUGAGACAAGCUUUUGCUUCGUUUGCAGUCAUUUGGCAUCUGGUGAGAAGGAAGGGGAUGAAAUCAGAAGAAAUGCCGAUGCUGCUGAGAUUCUCAAAAGCACACAGUUUACCAAGAUUUGCAAGAAGCCUAAUAAAAGAGCCCCUGAGAGAAUUAUGGAUCAUGACCGGAUAAUAUGGCUGGGAGACUUGAAUUACAGGGUGUCAAUGAGCUAUGAAGAUACCAGGAUGUUACUAGAGGAUAAUGAUUGGGAUAAAUUGCUAGAGAAGGAUCAGUUGAAUGUAGAGAGAGAAGCAGGAAGAGUAUUCAGUGGGUUCAGUGAAGGGCGGAUUCAAUUUGCACCGACUUACAAGUACACUCAGAACUCGGAUUCAUACGCGGGAGAGACGGUAAAAUCGAAGAAGAAACGACGAACACCGGCAUGGUGUGAUAGAAUACUGUGGCGGGGGAAUGGGAUAGAGCAGCUGUGUUACAUACGAAGGGAAUCUCGGCUUUCGGAUCAUAGGCCAGUUUGUGGAGAGUUUAGGGUGGCGGUUGAGUUGAGAAACAGAAACAGUAAGUUCAGAAAAGGCUACUCAUGUGCGGCUCCAAGGGGACACUUUGAGGACUGUGUAAUACCCAAAAGGCAUAGUUUCUACGACUUCUAAAUCUAUAUCUUAUAGCUUUUGUAUAUUUCUUUUUGUUUUUUUAGAUGAAAGGCUAAAGCUUAUUGAUCAUAUAUAACUACCUCCUCCUGAAAUCCUAACCUCUCCAACUUCAAGCCAAAUAAAAUACUACUUUUA